AUGUAUUACAAUUACUCAUUCGCUUUGUUAGGACUGACUACCUUGCCCCCUUCAACCCCCGCGGCGACUCGUACCAAUCACCCUCUUCUUCAAGCGCCGGCUCUGCUGUCGCUUCUGCUGCCUACCCUUAGCUCGACUUCACCAUCGGAACUGACGGCAGGUGUUUGUGGCACGUAUGGCAUGCGAGCUUCCACCAACGUCGUCUCGACUGCAGGCAUAUAUUCGGUGUCGCCGCUCCUUGACAGCGUUGGUGUGUUCGCUCGAUCUGCUCCCGUCGUGGAAGCCGUCGUGAAAAGCUUGAUGGAGUCGUCCUCGGUCCCAUUGAAACCCCGAGUGAAAUAUAAGCUUCUAUACCCCGUCCGAGCCAAGGACACCAAGCCUCAAGACUCGCGUCGUUGGUUCCCGUAUCCCGGCGAACCAGGCUCUGCGGCAGACUUUGAGGAACUCUUCGAGGAGACCAUCCAAAAGCUUGAAUCACACCUCAAAUGCACCCGGAUCCCAUUCAAUCUCGAUGACUUGUGGCGGCAAACUCGUCCCGCCGGACAGGAUCAAAGCUUGGACAAGGCCACUGGCGGGAUAUACACAGUACUUACUACCCACUCCUGCGUCGGGGACACCAUCGAUCCAUUCAUAGCUGAUUUCAAGGCUACAAACAAUGGCCGCUCACCAUUCAUCGACGCCGUAGUCAAAGCUCGACAAGACCACGGCAGAUCGACCACCACCCUGCAAUACGAAACCACCGUACAAUCCGCCAAAGCGUUCUCGCAGUGGUUCAUAGAGAUCGUCCUCGCCAGAUCGGCCGAAGACGAGUUUCCCUUGCUCAUCUUCCCCCCAGAGCUGGGGCUCCCCAACCUACCGCGAUGA